CUAACACGAUUCUGGCUUUUCUUUUGUCUCUCAGAGCACCUUCAAGGAAACAAUGGCUGUUUGGUUUCAGAGACCACAGGCCUGGGUAACCUGUGGCACCCACAGGAAGCGGCGUGGCCGCUGCACGGCCCUCCCGGAGCAGACGGUGCCUGUGACACUUCGAGAGUGCAGGCUUCUUCUGGACAGUCCCCUAACACAGCUUCUCUAGCUGCCUCGGGUGACUCCAGCGCUUGCUCUGAAGCUCCAAGAAACAAAGGCCGUGAUCAUCCUGUACGAGGCGGGGGGUUCCAAAAAGGACAGGAGACCCCUUCCAAGGAGGCCCCGUGUUUGACAGAGAGUGCGCCUUCGAGCAACCUCCACAGGGACAGACCCAAAGGAGUGCACCAUCCCCCCUCGGACAGUUCAGACCUGGCUGACCAGCAGGAGGACUGGGAGAUGGUGUCCAGGCAUUCAUCCUGGGGAGAUGCUGGCUUGAGCAACAGCCUGGAGGCUCUGGUGUUAAGCGCAAGUCAGGGAAUGGACUGUGGCCAAAGCGCUCUGGGAGGAGCGAAAGGUCAGGGAGUAGAAGUGAAAACCGUGGCGUUGUUUCCUGAGGCUCAGCAAGUUAGUGUCAGGUUCCAGGUCCACUAUGUCACCAGCCCUGGGGAGCAGCUCAUUGCAGUGACCGGAGACCAUGAGAGGCUUGGGGGAUGGAGUACUUACAUCCCUCUCCAGGGGAGCAAGGAUGGGUUCUGGUCUCGUCCCAUCGCCCUGCCAGCCGACACAGUGGUGCAGUGGAAGUUUGUGGUGGUCGAGAAGGGGGAGGUGACCCGGUGGGAAGAAUGCAGCAAUAGAUUGCUAGAGACUGGCCAUGAGGAUAAAGUAGUUCAGGAGUGGUGGGGGCUUCACGGAUCCUAGCUGCACGUACCGGAGAAGCUGUUGCUGGCUGGGAAAGAGACUAAGGCUGCAGAGUACCCGAGUCACUGAAAAUAAAGGAGGUGUGGCCCAGACUUUAGUCAUUCGAGUGGUUUCACAUUUGCUAGUGCCUUUUACUUACUAAUAUGCAUGAAUAAAUGUUUAUGUAGAUAAUG